AUGAACGUCUUUUAUGAGUGGAUUGUAUCAGCAACAAGUAACAGCAUCCAUAUCGUUGGUGCCAUAUCAAGCUUUAUCCCAUCAUCUGGUUCUUCUCGUUAUCGGCAAUUCGGUGGGCAUCCUGAAAUGAAGGUCUCUUAUCGGUUGAUCACAUCAGUAACAAGGAACAACUUGUAUAUCUUUGAUAUCAGCAAGCUUUCUAUCUCUUGGUGGUUCUGGUUGUCGCCAUUCCUUAUGGAUAUCCUGCUACGCAUGUGUAUUAUCGGUGGAUCAUAUCAGCAACAAGCAAUAUGCAGCAAUGAGCAGCAAGAGACCAUGUUUUUAGUGUCAACAACAUUACUCGAUUCUCUGGUGGUUCUCGUUAUUGGCCAAUUGCUUUCGAAAGCAUUCAGCAGCGCAUGUCCCUUAUGGGUGUAUCACAUCAGCAGCAAGCAGCGGGUGUUACGUGUCUUUUUGGUGCUAUCAAGAUUAUCCAUCGCUCAAGGCAUUCGUCGUCAAGUAUCGCUCCCUUCCUUUGGAGAUUUAUUGCAUGAUAUGGAUGGCAUGAAGAUACAGGUUUUAUUUGUGGCAAGAGUGCUAUUGAGUAGUACCACAAGGAUCAAGAAGGCUUUUCCUUGGCUAUAUCACUGGCACGUCAAGGAUGUUAUUGUACUGUGCUGUCUUGGGGAGACCAUGUUGCCCUUUGGAUACAUGUACUCAUGGUGCUAUGGCUUAGACCAAUUCAACGCAUCCUCUGUUCACUGUUGCAGCAUGCGGAUCCACGGCUUAGGUGGUGUCAAAGUCGACUGGUGA